AUUUUCAAAAGAUGCUAUGCAGAUUCCAUUUGAGCAUUGGGAUGGGGAGGACCUUCUUUCAAUAUCGGAUUUGGCUGCUUUACAGUCUUCAUUUAAAAAAGUAGCAAAUAUCGAAGCAUCGUUUGAUGACUACGUAAAUGUUGAUAAUGGUGUGCAGACUUGGGACAACCCAUCCGAAGAAGAUAUUCUCAACAGCAUUUUUGAAAGUCGCGGAGUUCCAGCUGAACCUGAUAACGAUGAACACGAUUUGACCGUUGAAGAAUUGGCAGAAACUGAGGAGGCAUUACCUACGUUGAUACAAGCUGCUUCAUCCAUUAGCGUGAUUAUAACCUUUGUGGAAAUGAGGAGUGACGUGCCGAUUAAUGUUUUCAACUCUCUACAUGAUUUGGAAGCUUUUAUUGAAAAUGAAAAAUGGAAGACUGUAAUUCAAACCAAACUCACUGAUUAUUUUAAAUAAAAUUACAUAAAAAAUCAAUGUUUCUUUAUAAUGAAGUUUCUAUAUAGUGAAGUGAUUUUCAGGUCC